CGCUGACAUGGCGGUGCUACACUCCACCAAGUGCUCGCCCGUUGACGUCUGCACGUGUCUGCUGAAUCGCUGGGGUCCAUGGUCCACGGCCCCUCAGCUUGCACACAACGCCAUCCUGGGCCUGCGUUCGCGUCUACCGCACACGACUGCCGUCCGUGCCAUUGCCAGUGCGCACCGUCGUGCCCUGGCAAGCCCGUAAGAAAACGGCAGCCGUCCCAGAGAUCUCUAGCACGUUACCGACAAGUCUCCGUUGCGAUUUAGCUGCAUUAGCGGAACCCAUGGCCGAUCUGGCCUCACCACACGUCCUCUCUCAACUUGAGCCUUAUCCGGUACCGCCCUGUCCAUGCUGACGAUAUGGCUCGCAUACAUAGACGCCAGUGCAACUCGGUCACGCCAGCUGUCUGCCUCAGAGUCAGUCGCGCAAGCCCCUACCAGCCCAAAGGCAAUGCCCGGCUCACUCUUGCAAACUUGUCUCGUCA